UUGAAGAGGAGAGUCUUUCAUUUAAAUCUCGUCUCUUCCGGUAGGGAUGCCUUUCAAGAGGUUCGUGGAAACGGGAAGAGUGGCUUACAUCUCCGAUGGGCCACAUAAAGGAAAACUAUGUUCCAUAGUGGACGUCAUUGAUCAAAAUAAGGCUUUAAUUGAUGGACCUGUAACUGGUGUGCCUCGAGGUGAGAUAAGAUUGACACAGUUACACCUAACUAAGUUUAGGGUCAAGUUUCCAUUUACUGCUCGCAGUAGGGUUGUGAGGAAAGCAUGGCUUGAUGGAAAAGUUGAUGAAAAAUGGAAGGAAAGUUUGUGGGCGAAGAAAUUGGAAGCAAAACAAAAGAGGGUUACAAUGACAGACUUCGAUCGCUUCAAGUUGCGUAAAGCAAAACAACUUAGAAACAAGGUCCGUAGCUUAGCGUAUUACAAGCUCAAGAAGAAGGCAACUCGUGCAGGAACCCUGUAUGGUAAGAAAAAAUCAAAGGAUGCCAAGAAAGAGAAGAAACCCAAGUCCAAGCCAGCACCCAAGAAAUAAUGUAUAAAGUCUGAGAAAAAUAAAAUUUAUAAGUUAUGUA